UCUUUUUUUUUCUUACAGUGAAAAAGGCUAUGUUUGAUGGCCCCCAAGAAAAGUUUAAUGCUUAUGUAACCUUAAAAGUACAAAAUGUGAAGAGCACAACUAUUGCAGUCAGGGGCAACUUGCCCUGUUGGGAGCAAGACUUUAUGUUUGAGAUCAACAGACUGGAUUUAGGAUUGACGGUGGAAGUCUGGAAUAAAGGACUCAUUUGGGACACAAUGCUAGGGACUGUAUGGAUUCCAUUAAGAACCAUUCGACAGUCCAAUGAGGAAGGUCCAGGUGAAUGGUUGACCCUUGACUCUCAAGUUAUAAUGACAGAUAAUGAGAUCUGUGGAACCAAAGAGCCCACCUUCCAUCGCAUCUUACUUGACACUCGGUUUGAACUUCCAUUAGAUAUACCAGAAGAGGAAGCUCGAUACUGGGCAAAGAAGUUAGAGCAGCUGAAUGCCAUGAGGGAUCAGGAUGAUUAUGUGUUUCAAGAAGAGGAAGAGAAUCCACUACCUGUUCAUGGUUCUCAGUGCUGUAACUGGAAUUAUUUUGGCUGGGGUGAACAGCAAAACAAUGAGGAUCCUGACAGUGCUGUUGAUGAUCGUGAUAGUGAUUACCGAAGUGAGACCAGCAAUAGUAUCCCUCCAGCUUACUAUUCAACAUGCCAGCCAAAUGCCUCUGUACACCAAUAUCCUGUGAGACAACAGUACAGCUCCCAUGGUUCUUAUACUGACUCUGUACACAGCUACGAGAUGGAUUUUUCAGAUCACCGACCGGUCAGGCAUUACGAUAGCGCAGACUCUGCCACUAACGGGCGCAGUGAUGGGGAGUCUGUCUCCGGUUCAAGCCGCCUCACCAGUCGGCAGCACUCUCUGGAGAGCCGGCAGUCACUAGACCUGUCUGAUAGCCCUACUGGAAGCAGUCGUUAUGCCUCCUCUGGGGAACUUAGCCGAGAUUCUACACAACUAAGUGAUGAUUUUGACCCCGAAAAUGACAGCCUUCAGGGUUCUGAAAUAGAAGAAGAACGGGACAGAGACUCGUAUCACUCCUGUCAUAGUUCUGUCAGCUACCAAAAGGAUUCUCCAAAUUGGGAAGCAGACGAAGGCCCUGAAGUGUACAGUGAAGAAGAUGAUGAUGAAGGUGGCUACCCUGACAGCAGGGGUCAGCUUUCUGACAAAGAUCUUUAUGAUGAUGAGCUUCCAGAAGAAGAAGAUAAGGGUGAAAAAAUUAAGAAUGAGCUAGAGGACACAUUGUACUUAUCUGAAGAGAGUAAGGAGAAAACACCCCCAGAAAUUCCAGUUCAAAAAGAGCGGACUCCAGAAGCUAUACCAGAGAUUGAGGCAGUACCAGUAGUCCAAGUGUCUUUGAUGGACAGAGAUGAGAGCACAGGAAUGUCGAGGGCCAAGUCUAAUUGGCUGAGAGCAUAUAACAAGGUGCAGAUGCAGCUGCAAGAAGCGAGAGGUGAAAGCAGUGGAAAUAUGUCAAAGUCUCUGUGGUUUAAAGAUGGGCCUGCUGGUGGUCUGAUAAUUAUUGACAGUAUGCCGGACAUACGAAAGAGAAAACCCAUACCUCUUGUCAGCGACUUGGCAAUGUCCUUGGUGCAAUCUCGUAAAGCAGGAAUAACAUCUGCACUUGCAACAAGCACUUUAAACAAUGAAGAGCUAAAAAAUCAUGUUUACAAGAAGGCCCUACAAGCUUUAAUCUAUCCAAUUUCCAGCACAACUCCUCAUAAUUUUGAGGUGUGGACUGCCACAACGCCAACUUAUUGUUACGAGUGUGAAGGGCUUUUGUGGGGGAUUGCCCGUCAGGGUAUGCGCUGCACAGAAUGCGGAGUUAAGUGCCAUGAAAAAUGCCAGGACCUCUUAAAUGCAGACUGUCUACAAAGAGCAGCAGAGAAGAGCUCAAAGCAUGGGGCCGAAGACCGCACACAUAAUAUUAUCAUGGUUCUGAAAGAUCGUAUGAAAAUCCGUGAAAGAAACAAGCCAGAGAUUUUUGAACUCAUCCAGGAAGUUUUUGGAGUUGUCAAAGCCACACAUGCUCAUCAAAUCAAAGCUGUAAAACAGAGUGUAUUAGAUGGAACAUCCAAGUGGUCAGCAAAGAUCAGCAUCACUGUGGUAUGUGCACAAGGUCUACAAGCCAAGGACAAGACAGGUUCCAGUGACCCCUAUGUUACAGUACAGGUUGGCAAAACAAAGAAAAGAACUAAAACUAUCUAUGGAAACCUUAAUCCAGUCUGGGAGGAGAAUUUUCAUUUCGAGUGUCACAACUCUUCAGAUCGAAUCAAAGUCCGUGUAUGGGAUGAGGAUGAUGACAUAAAAUCAAGAGUGAAACAGAGGUUUAAGCGUGAGUCUGACGAUUUCUUAGGUCAAACCAUCAUUGAAGUCCGAACCCUGAGUGGAGAGAUGGAUGUAUGGUACAAUCUAGAUAAGCGUACGGAUAAGUCUGCUGUAUCUGGAGCAAUUCGACUACACAUCAGUGUGGAGAUCAAAGGAGAGGAGAAGGUGGCACCUUAUCAUGUACAAUAUACCUGUUUGCACGAGAACCUGUUCCACUACCUAACAGAUGUACAGAAUAAUGGGGUUGUAAAAAUUCCAGAUGCCAAAGGGGAUGAUGCUUGGAAGGUUUACUUUGAUGAGACUGCCCAGGAAAUUGUGGAUGAGUUUGCAAUGCGAUACGGAGUGGAGUCCAUAUACCAGGCUAUGACACAUUUUGCCUGCCUAUCUUCCAAAUAUAUGUGUCCUGGAGUACCAGCUGUUAUGAGCACACUUCUUGCCAAUAUCAAUGCCUACUACGCCCACACAACUGCAUCAACCAAUGUGUCUGCCUCUGAUCGCUUCUCUGCCUCAAACUUUGGGAAAGAGAGAUUUGUAAAGCUGCUAGAUCAACUGCACAACUCCCUGCGUAUUGAUCUUUCCAUGUACCGGAACAACUUUCCUGCUAGCAGCCCAGAACGACUUCAAGAUUUAAAAUCCACUGUUGAUCUACUAACCAGUAUUACAUUUUUCAGAAUGAAGGUGCAAGAGUUACAGAGUCCUCCCAGGGCAAGCCAGGUAGUGAAAGACUGUGUGAAGGCUUGUCUCAACUCUACUUAUGAAUACAUCUUUAACAACUGUCAUGAACUCUACAGCCGAGAAUAUCAAAGUGACCCGACUAAAAAGGGUGAGGUGCCCCCAGAAGAACAGGGGCCAAGUAUCAAGAAUUUGGAUUUUUGGUCCAAACUAAUUACAUUGAUAGUGUCUAUCAUAGAAGAGGAUAAGAAUUCAUACACACCAUGUCUAAACCAAUUCCCCCAGGAAUUAAAUGUUGGAAAAAUUAGUGCUGAAGUCAUGUGGAGUCUGUUUGCUCAGGACAUGAAAUAUGCCAUGGAAGAACAUGAUAAGCACCGUCUAUGUAAGAGCGCAGACUACAUGAAUUUACACUUCAAAGUCAAGUGGCUAUACAAUGAAUAUGUGACAGAGCUUCCAUCAUUUAAGAACAAAGUGCCUGAAUAUCCAGCUUGGUUUGAACCUUUUGUUAUCCAGUGGUUAGAUGAAAAUGAAGAGGUUUCCCGGGAUUUUCUUCAUGGAGCCCUGGAGAGAGACAAAAAAGAUGGGUUCCAGCAAACCUCAGAACAUGCACUGUUUUCCUGUUCUGUAGUGGAUGUUUUCUCACAGCUUAACCAGAGCUUUGAGAUAAUUAAGAAGCUGGAAUGCCCCGACCCUCAAAUAGUGGGACAUUAUAUGCGCAGAUUUGCCAAGACAAUCAGUAAUGUCCUACUCCAGUAUGCAGAGAUCAUCUCCAAAGACUUUGCUUCACACUGCUCUCAAGGGAAGAAAGAGGAAAAAGUGCCAUGUAUCUUAAUGAAUAACAUCCAGCAGCUCCGGGUCCAGCUGGAGAAAAUGUUUGAAGCGAUGGGUGGGAAAGAACUGGAUCCAGAAACUAGUGACAUCCUCAAAGAGUUGCAAGUGAAACUUAACAAUGUGUUGGAUGAACUUAGCAGAGUAUUUGCUACAAGUUUCCAUGCACAUAUUGAGGAGUGUGUAAAACAAAUGGGAGAAAUUCUUAGUCAGGUUAAAGGAACUGGAAAUGUGCCUGCCAGUAAUUGCAGCAGUGUGGCCCAGGAUGCUGAUAAUGUAUUACAACCUAUACUGGACCCGCUAGACAGCAAUCUUACCCUGUUUGCAAAAAUUUGCGAAAAGACUGUUUUGAAACGCGUUUUGAAGGAGCUAUGGAAACUAGUGAUGAACACAAUGGAAAAAACGAUUGUACUACCACCACUAACAGACCAGACGAUGAUAGGGACGCUACUGAGAAAACAUGGCAAAGGGAUAGAGAAGAGCAGGGUGAAGCUGCCGUACCAUGCAGAUGGGACCCAUCUCAUCAUCAAUGCUGCUAAAGAGCUUGGACAACUAUCUAAACUCAAGGAUCACAUGGUGAGGGAGGAAGCAAAGAGUCUGACUCCUAAGCAGUGUGCCGUGGUGGAGCUUGCACUCGACACUAUUAAGCAAUAUUUCCACGCUGGAGGUGUUGGUCUUAAAAAGACUUUUUUGGAGAAAAGUCCUGACCUGCAGUCUCUGCGCUAUGCACUCUCUCUAUAUACACAAGCAACGGACACACUCAUUAAAACCUUUGUCCAAACACAGACUGCUCAGGUCCAUGGUGGAAAAGGUAUUAGGUUUACUCUUAGUGAAGAGACUUAUCCAGAAAAGGGAUCUGGAGUGGAUGAUUCUGUUGGAGAGGUUUCCAUUCAUGUAGAACUCUUUACCCAUCCUGGAACAGGGGAGCACAAAAUCAGUGUCAAAGUCGUUGCUGCAAAUGAUCUGAAAUGGCAAACUUCUGGGAUUUUCCGCCCUUUCAUUGAGGUAAACAUGAUUGGUCCAAACCUGAGUGACAAAAAGAGAAAAUUCACUACAAAAUCUAAGAAUAAUAGUUGGGCCCCAAAAUACAACGAGAGCUUCCAAUUUACACUGGGGAAUGAAAAUGGACCAGAAUGCUAUGAACUUCAGGUGUGUGUGAAAGAUUACUGCUUUGCACGUGAAGACCGAACAGUAGGCACAGCUGUUAUGCAGCUGAGAGACCUAGCACAAAGAGGUAGCUGUGCCUGCUGGCUGCCACUUGGACGACGUAUUCAUAUGGACGAGACAGGACUGACUAUUUUAAGAAUUUUGUCACAGCGCAACAAUGAUGAGGUGGCCAAAGAAUUUGUCAAACUCAAAUCUGACACUCGCUCUCCUGAAGAGGGCAGCUAGGGAGGUAGAGUCCAUCUUCCAUACCUUCAAUGACAAUAAUACCCUUUCUACUGCCUUUCACCCCAGGCCCAGAUUGUAGAUAGUUUAAAUAUUUUAAAAAAUUCAUUUUGAAACACAUUUAACCAAGUCACUGCCAACAGUGCUUGCCAAGCUCUGCAUAAUGCUCAUCUGCCUUUCUGGCAGUGACAUGGAUAAGGUGUACACAAAUACACACCACCAAGGGCUGCGUUUAUAUGUGCCAUUGUGUUAAUGUUUGACCUGCUGGACUUCAUAAGCACAGUGGUUAGGGGGCCUUAACCCAUGUCCUGCAUCAAACUGCUGGGCAGUUAACUGCACCCUGGCAGUGGGGGGGAUUAGCAGUUUAAGAAACCACGUGUCCCUAAAAAAAGAGGGUACAGUAGUCACUAUCCCUUCCUUGACUUGUCCGUUUAAGUUGCCUGCACCUCACCUGCUGUGUAUAUAGGAUCUUCCUGUACCAGUGUCUUAUUCUGUGCAUUGGUGCUGCAUGGGUAUUAGUUUUCUAUGAAACAACCACCCUAAACCUUUAUCCCCAAAGCUCUUGGUAAACCCUUUCCACCUCAUGCCUGUUUUAAAGCCUUGGACUGCAAAAAAGACACUGCCAACUGCUCAGCACCUCUACCCAAUCCUUAAAAUGCCCUAAUAAUCCAGCACUGAAACAGGCUUACAAGUCCCAGAUUCUGAUCAGGACAAGAAGGGAAAAACACCCUAUGCUCCCACCACAUACUGCACAAGGGGUUGACACUCCCAUAUGAUUAGAGAAAUGUGGCAUGCUGUUUGGAAGGAAAAUGCUGAUGAUAUCCCAUUGCCUCUGACCUGUCCAUUGUGUACAGAAUAUUCCUCCUCCUUUUCCUUCCUCCUGGGUGCAUGUGAAAAUGUUUUGCACUAACUUGGACAUUUUUGGUCUCUGUAAAAAUAUUUUAUUAUAACAGCCAUUAAAUAGAAAUAAAGAAAGGAAUGUGCAUUUGA